CGUUUGCUGCGGUGCAUGCUGGGAAUUGUAGUUCAAAUGCGAGAGAGGACCAGCGAGGGUGAGCGGGGCGGGGCCAGGAGGAGGACUACAACUCCCGGGGCGCACGGGGCUUGUCGCGUCCCUGUUCUUCCGCUCCGGAGGUGGCUGCGGACAGCUGUGCGCGACGGACUCGGUCCCCGGGGUUCUUCCGCCGCGGUCCCCUCUAAGGAGCCGCCCGAGGACGCCGGCAGGUUCCUGCCGCCGGCUGCGGGCGGCCCGGCCCGGGGCUCCGCCAUGGAUCUCUUCGGGGACCUGCGGCGCAUGAACAAGCGGCAGCUGUAUUACCAGGUCUUAAACUUUGCCAUGAUUGUGUCUUCUGCCCUUAUGAUAUGGAAAGGGCUGAUCGUGGUUACUGGAAGUGAGAGCCCCAUUGUCGUCGUGCUCAGUGGGAGCAUGGAACCAGCUUUCCACAGGGGAGACCUGCUCUUCUUGACAAAUUUCCAUGAUGACCCAAUCAGAGCUGGUGAAAUAGUUGUUUUUAAAGUUGAAGGCAGAGACAUUCCAAUAGUUCACAGAGUUAUCAAAGUACAUGAAAAAGGAAAUGGGAACAUCAAAUUUCUGACUAAAGGUGAUAAUAAUGAAGUCGAUGAUAGAGGCUUGUACAAAGAAGGGCAGAACUGGUUAGAGAAGAAAGAUGUUGUUGGAAGAGCAAGAGGGUUUUUGCCUUACGUUGGGAUGGUGACUAUCAUAAUGAAUGACUAUCCGAAAUUUAAGUAUGCUCUGCUGGCUGUAAUGGGAGCAUAUGUACUGCUGAAACGUGAAUCCUGAAACAGAGGUCACUUUGUUCUUGCAAAAGUCCAGAGUUAAAUAUACAGGGCGGAAAGAACUAAUAUAUUUCACGUCAUUUCUGUAUACAAAACUGUGCAGGCUUUCGUCUUGUCUAAAUAAACUGAUGAGUAAA